AUGAAAGGACCCUUGGUGAGUUUAUUGCUACAGUCAACUCUGGUUACCACAAUAGACGCUCUGAUAAAAGAUGUGGAGACCAACGCUGAGCGACACCAGUUUAUUACUAAAGUGGGAAAGCUUACCGACAAGCUUGACGACCCAGCUAGUAGGCACACGGAGAUGGUUCCAAAUGGAUUAACGGCAUUUGAAGUUGCUAAUCUCAGGUGCGCGGGUGACUUCGACUCUACGUCAUUUGGCUUGGUUGGAAAGUCAUUCAGUAAUAACGAGGUCAUUACUGAUGACGAGUGGAAGGUACAAGUGUUUUGGCGCAAUAUCCCUAAUUCCAACAAGGUCAGCCAGCCGACUAGUGGCGUAAUUUGCGUGAAGCAGAUCAAUAUCGAGCAGGCCGACAGCAGACUUGUUUAUAAUUUAGUUGGAUCCGCUAGCAACAAUCCCAAUGGUGACAGGUCUGACAGCGAUAGGCCCGAUAAUGAUGCGUCUGAUGACGAUGGGUUUGCCAUUGCUGAUGCCAAGAAGCUUUACCAGAACCUGCUGUCUAAGCACACAAAAACCGCUGACACAGAUCACCUUCAGCAAGUGUAUAUGGUCAUUAUUAGGGAUGGAGUUAAUUGA